UGGACGUCUCAGGGGUACCUUUGCUACUGGGUCUCCCUCUGCCCGGAUGCUGGUGCAUAUUCCUGAGGCUCCAGCUCCUUUUCCAACUGCCAACCAAACAGGCAGCUUUGCUGACAAGCACCCAGGUUCCAGUCCAAGGGGUGUGAACCAAGGCGGGCACUUGGCAUCCCCCAGCACUAGCUCCAGCUCUGCCAGGAAACAGGAGGCUUCACUGUAGCUCCUGGAGUCGUAUUCUACACUUUAGGAUCAAGCAGUGAAGGACCUGGAAUAGGACACUCCUUGGACCCCGAAAGGACUCUGAGAAGCCGUGCUUGUCCUUCUCUCUGUCCCCUGCUCCGGCCCUCACUCCCUGCCCAUCGAUUUCUCACUUUCAUUCACUCCCUGCCCCCUUCCUCCUCCUGCUGCCCCCCAACCCCGUGCUCACUCUUCUCUCCCCCCAUUCAUCCCCCGUGGCUAUCACCUCCUUCCUCCAUUCUUCAUCCCCUCUUUGCAUCCCUUCCUUCCCUCCUCCCCCUCCAACUUUUCCUUCUCCUUACCGCCCGCUCCCACCCUUCUCCUUCCCCCAAUUUCUCACUCUCCCUCCCUUGCUCUUCUCCUGAUCGUUCCACCUUCCUCCUCACUUCCCUCUCCCCCCUCCUCUCCCUGAGCCCUACCACCUCCCCCCCAGCCCCGCCCAUCAGUGUUUGCUUUGCUCCCGGAUCCGGAUCCAGAUGAAGGGGUUGCCCUGCCCGUGCCCUGCCCUGCCCCACUUCUGGCAGCUGGGGUCUCCCUUCAUGGCCGACGCCUCUGGGACCCAGGCCCCGGGGGAAGGGGCCCUGCUCGGCACCCAGCUCCUGCGAGCCCGGUAUGAAGGCCUGAGACGACAACAGAAGGCCCAGGCCCACGUGCUGCUGCUCCCGAAAGGAGGGAACAUGCCUGCUCUUGCUGAGGCCAUGGUCAGUGCUGUUUGGAUUAACAAGGAGAGAAGGCAUUCACUGUCCCUAGAAGAGGCGGAUCCUGAGGCAGAGGAGAUGCUGGAGGAGGCUGACAGAGGCUGUCUCCAGGCCCCCGAGUCUCCAUGGCACAUGCACCUAGAGAUGCACCGCUUGGUCCAAACCUUCCACCAGGAAACCAGUCAUCAAGUAAAGCACAAGGACAAGUUCAUGGGGUCUGAGCAAAGGCUCCCAGGCUUGUUUGAAGACACUCAGAUGACUCAGCAAGGAAGCACGAUCCCAGAGGCAGCCCAGCAUGAAUGUCAAGUGGGCAAUACCCAAACAAAGGCAGUGGGAUCUGGCUUAAACAUUGGCACUCAGGGCCCUCCUUCCAUAAAGAAGCCACACAGGUCUGGAAAACCAGCUCACUAUCCAUUUCCCCAGAGGAAAACUCCCAGGAUCUCCCAGGCGGCCCGGAACCUGGGCUUAUAUGGCCCAGCCUGAAGCUUUCUACUCAAAGGUCUCAACCUUGAGGCCAUCUAUGGCCUCGCCUAAGAACUUAGGAGGCAGAGGCACAGCUAGGGCCUCUACCUGGGAGCAGAACUGGACUACAUCAAUCGUCGGGGCUGUGGGACAUGAACUUUGCAGUGGGCACGUAGUCUUGCCCUUCAAAAAAAAAGAGAGAGAUUGCCCAGACCAGACUGCUCACAGCUCAGGAUGAAAGAGUGUUGUCUGAUCAGUGCAGCCCCAUUCUGCUUACAUAAGAAGACAUUGCUAUGGACAUCGACUCAGUCCUUAGAACUAGAGAAUUUUGAAACAUAAAACAGAGACCCUAGCCAGUGGAUGCCUUUGCAGUGCCCUAGAGUCGACAGGCGUGGGCAAUCUUGUUUUCAGUAACUUCUGAGGAUUUCUCACAUGUUCUGGAGAAGAGGGGCUCUGAGAAUUUCCUUUUUCUGGUCACUAUGCCUGGAGGCCAGCUCACUUACAAGUCUCUACAUUCAUUGGUAGUGACCACACCAUUUUAGCUUGAGCCUCCCAAAGUAUGGUCACCCUGGGUAAAAAGGGUCAAAACAAUGCCACCUACUGUUCUGUGUGUUUAAGUGUCUUUAGGAAGGGUUGGUCAUCUCUCCCCUCUCAUUGAGACUGCACAUUCCAGUCUCAUUAUAGAUUUAUUUCCUUUCAUCCUUCUCUCUCUGUCCUUUCCUUCCUUCCUUCCUCCCUCCCUCCCUUCCUUUUUUCCUAUUUGCUCUCUUCUUCCCUUCUUCAAUCUCUCUCUCUCUCUCCCCAAAUUAAACACUGCCCAUCAUUGAAGAUGUAUAGUAAUAGAAGCCUGAAAGAAGAAGAUAAAGAAAUGUUCCUGCUUGGAAAGUAUGUGUUCCUCAGAAAUUGCUCCCUUUUCAGCCAAAUUUGAAUCAUUCAGAUACUUCCUGGUAUAUUUUAAACCAAAGACAAAGUGAAGCAGGUAUUACUUGGGUGGUGGGGAAGAAAUUAUCUUACCUGGUUAAUGUUUAACUUUAAUAAACACACCUAAAGUGACUUUUCCUCAUGCCAGAUUCUCUCUCUGUAAAGUUUUACCUACAUCUUCCUUUUGUCCCCAUGGUGAUCCAGUCUUGCCCACCCACAUUGAGAGAUGUUACCUAGGAGUGUCAUUUCCUGCCAAAAUAUGUAUGUGCCUUCUCCUUGGGCCACCCCGAACUUCCCUCCAAUUUGGGGAUUCAUUGUGAUUCCUUUUGUGAAUAAUUAAUAAGAGCUAGUUGUUAAUUUUUUUAAAUAGUCUAAUGAAAAACAAGGGAAAAAAAAAAAAAGAAAAACAAGGAAAUUUUCUGAAAAAACUUUUCCUUUGCUUUUGUUUUAAAGAGGCUUCCCACAAGUAACUCCUCUUUCUACAGUGUAUCAAUCAGGAUAGGCUAUGUUUUGCUGAGUAACAAACAACUCCCAAACCUCACACAGAAGCUUUUUUUUUCCCACUCAUGAAAAUUCCACUGUGGAUUUGGGCAAACUUCCAGGGCAGCUCUCCUACAUUAUUACUAACAAUUCAAGCUGCUUCAAUCUUGUGGCACCACCACAUCAAUACUGGUUUCCCUAAUCACUGUAGCAGAAGAAAGUGCAUUAAAAGUCACAUACUGGCUCUCAAA